AAAUACUAUUUUCCCUGAAUAUAAAGGAUAUACGAUGUUCUGUGAAUUUUUCCCCCCGAGGACGACUCCCUAGACCCCGAAGACGGCGACCGAAGCAGGGGAAAGCUUUACUGAGUGAAAUAAGGCACAUUUACCUUGAAAUAAUGUCCACGAACAAUACAUUACGUGGCAUGUGAGACGUAGUGUCAUUUAACGGUAAAAUUUUGUUUGAGGUGUUGAGUAACAUCCAAAACACGAAGUGUGAAGUUUCGGAGUUCAAGUUUCGGGGCUCUGUUCCUAAGCCUGCCCGCCAUGUUGAAGACCGUGGAAGUUGGGUGCUGAAAAACAAUCUUUAGUAGUGGAAUUCUCAUUCAGAUCGGGAAUUUUCGUGUGUUUUUCGUGAGAAGUCCGUAUGUUCACCAUCUGGAAGUGUUAGUAGAGGUUUAUAUUGAUCCUGGCCUGAGAUCUGCAUCAUUUUCCGCUGCCUACGGGCCUUUGGCCUGACUUGCGGGCUGGCUUUCUACUGGACGGGGCUCAUUUUGGCGUCUUGUGAAGGAAGGACUCAUUUGAUGGUUCCUGGUUAAAUUCUCUGAGACUCGUCACCACACAUGAUGAAUGUCAGUGGUGUUGAGUUCAUUUUGUGUGAACUGGAACCGUGAGGACUUAAUCUUCUUACUAUCUUCUUGUUAAGCAGUUCUUAAAGCAUCAUGUUCUUGCAGGGCACCAAAAUGGAGGUAGACGGCAUACAACACAACAAUGCUUCUGUCACUAAAGACAGGGAGAUCAGAAUCUGCACCAUUGCUAAGGAACCUGGUCCAAGGCCUGAAGUGCGGGAACCUCCCCCGAGGGAAGAACCUGACGUCGAGCCUAUCAAUGGGGUGGUGCAGCCCCCAGUCAUACCACCGGCUCAUCGCCCUGGCCGAGUCACCAAUCAGCUUCAGUACCUUCACAAAGUUGUCCUCAAAGCUCUUCUUAAGCACCAAUUUGCAUGGCCUUUCCACCAACCAGUGGAUGCCAAGAAAUUAAAUCUUCCAGAUUAUCACAAGAUAAUCAAAAGGCCCAUGGAUUUAGGCACUAUUAAGAAGCGAUUGGAGAAUAACUAUUACUGGAGAGGGAAGGAAGCCAUUGAUGACUUCACAACAUUGUUUUCCAACUGCUACAUUUACAACAAGCCGGGAGAGGAUGUUGUGGUCAUGGCACAGACUUUAGAGAAAAUAUUCCUCACUAAAGUGUCGGCCAUGCCCCGGGACGAGGUGGAACUUGAUGCCCCUGCUCCCAAGAAUGCUAGGGGGAAGAAGACUUCUGCACCCCGCCCUCCUGGCUCCUGUCUGCCCACCACUCCCGGCGCGGCUCCAUCUGCCGUCCCGCCCGCGCUUCCAGGCGUCGUGCCAGCUGCUGCUCCCCCGAACAUGGCUCCCAAGAAACCCUUACCAGCCCCUGUUACCAGUUCAGUACCUGCCGCUCCGGCCGUCGCCAACGCGAUGCACAAGAGCGUCCCCGUGGCCGCCCCUCCUGUCACCAGCACAGCCCCUCCCAGACUACCUCUCGGCACCGGCGCGCCAGCCAGCAUUCCGGGCAGCACCGCCACCACCACAGUACCCACGGCCCUACCGCCCGGCACGCACAACUCGCUGCCCAAGCAGGUGGCCCCGCCUCCGACGUACCACGGCCAGCACGGCCAGCACGGCCAGCCUCCUGUCGGCAACCCUGCCAUGGCGGUCGGGAGUCCUCAAGUCUUACCAGGCAAGGGUGUUGCAGCUCCACAAGUCAUACCGCCGGCACAACCCGCCAAAGUGAAAAAGGGUGUUAAGAGAAAGGCUGAUACAACUACUCCCACCACCACUGCACUGGAUCCUAUAUUCUCACCUAUUGACGCUAAAACUGCAAAGAUCAAUUCAAGAAGAGAGUCAGGUCGACAAAUUAAGAAGCCUCAAAGAACGUCAGAAGAUGGUCUGCCUUUCUCUCCUGCUUUGACACCCAUGCCUCAUGUUCCGGGCCAGGUUCCAAUGGGAAAUAAAUUAAAAGAAAAAAUGUCAGAAGGACUGAAAAUGUGCAAUGAAAUUCUUAAGGAACUAUUUGCCAAAAAGCAUUCUAGUUAUGCAUGGCCAUUUUAUCAACCUGUCAAUGCUGAGCUGCUUGGACUGCAUGAUUACCAUGAAAUCAUUAAAAAGCCUAUGGAUCUUGGCACUGUGAAGAAAAAAAUGGACAGUCGGGAGUACCGAACACCAACUGAAUUUGCCACUGACGUGAGAUUAAUCUUCAAUAAUUGUUAUAAGUACAACCCCCCUGAUCAUGAUGUUGUUGCCAUGGCUAAAAAGCUUCAAGAUGUUUUUGAAUCAAGAUAUUCUAGAAUACCUGCGGAAGCCCGUGGUGCUAUUAAUCCCUCAAUGGAAAAGUCUUCAUCUAGUGAAUCUGAAAGUGGGUCGGAGACUGAAUCUUCAAGUGAUGAAGAUUCAGAUUCUGAACGUAAAAGAAAAGUGCUGUUGCUUCAAGAGCAGCUUCUGGCUAUGCAGGAACAAAUGAGAAAGCUUGUUGAAGAAACAGUCCCUAAAAAACCCAAAAAGAAAAUAAAGGAGAGGAAAACUAAUAAAAAGGACAAGAAAAUGCAUGUGAUAGGUGAUGUUAAAGGAAUGGCAAUGGGUGCUUACCCCAAUGACACCAUGACUGCCAGCAUUGCCAAUGUAGCCAUGGGUGGUGGGGAUGUAAAACCUCCCAUGGACAUGAAGCCGGUUGUGAAUCGACUGCAAGGAGCUCCUUCUGUUGUCCCUCCUCCCAAAGCUCCUAAAGUGAAAGGUGCUCGUGGGACUCCAAAAGUUCCUGGAGCAAAUGCUCAAGCUGCAAAGCGGCCAAAAGGGAAUGCCCGCGCCAACAAUUCAAAGAAGAAAGGAAAUGUCCUUGCUGCCGCUGCCUUUGAUUCUGAAGAUGAAGACAAUGCCAAACCAAUGUCCUAUGAUGAGAAACGGCAGCUUAGUCUUGAUAUCAAUAAGCUUCCAGGUGAUAAGCUGGGGCGUGUAGUUCACAUCAUCCAAUCUCGGGAACCUUCGUUGCGUGACUCCAACCCUGAUGAAAUAGAAAUUGACUUCGAAACCCUGAAGCCUUCAACUCUUCGGGAAUUAGAAGCCUAUGUCGCAUCAUGCCUCAGGAAAAAGCCACGUAAGGCACUCAAUAAAAAAGUGUCGGGGAAAUCGAAAGAUGAGCAGAUGGCAGAGAAGAAACAAGAGCUAGAAAAACGCCUUCAAGAUGUCACUGGACAACUAGGACAUCAAAAGAAGGCCAUGAAAAAAGAAGACAGUAAAUCGGGAGAUGUAGCUGGUCCAUCUCGUCUAUCAGCCUCCAGUUCGAGCAGUUCAGACUCAGACAGCUCUAGUUCAAGCGUCUCGAGCAGUUCAUCUGAUUCGAGCGACUCGGAAGCAGGAGACUCAAAAAAACGGAAGAAGAAGAAAAGCAGCUCUGGAGGGAAUGAAGAGCAGGUACCACCAACAUCAGGUCCUGUCCCCACCCUAACAAUGACAACUUCUGGAACCAUUGUCAACAAACCUCAGCCUCCUGUCUCAACUGCUGCAGCUGCACCAGCUACCCCAGUAACUCAAAACAAUAUAACCCCUGCGGCCUCUCCUAUGAUACCAUCUCAAGCUCAACCUCAGCAAAUGAUUCCAAACCAAACCCAGCUUGCACCACAACAGCAACUUUCAACCUCUGGAACUCCUCAGCACCAAUACAAUCUGCUCAACUCAUCACAGGGGCCUCAACAACCCCAUCCAAUGAAUAAAGGCCUGCCGCCAGCAACCCACCCGCUGCCGCCUCAACCCGCUCGGCCCUCCGCUUCAGCGCAGCCUUCCAGGCGCUCAUCCCAGCGCGGGCAGGGCCAGGCUGGCCAGGCGGCUGGCGGACAAGGCCCCUCAGCCCAUCCUGCCCCAGCCCCCCAGGGGGCCCCAGCGCAGCCCCAAGGCGUGCUAGGGCAAACGCCCGGGCAAGCGCCGGGGCCUGCUGCGGGCCUUCCCGGCCCUCAAGGCCCCACACCUCCACAGCCUCAGGCGCCACAGCCCCAGGUGCCACAGCAUCAGCAGGGCCAGCAGGGCCAGACUCAGCCUGGCAACAUCUUUCAACCCGCCAUAGAUGCUGGAGCGUUGCUGGGAUUGAACAACGACCUUCCAUCCACAAAGAGCGAUCCUGAGGGGCCGCUAGCGGCAGCAUUGGCGCUGUCGCACCAGUUCCAAGCCUCAGCCCCAACUACCCCGUCAAGCCUUCCCCUCCCCCACCCACACUCGCAGCUUCAGCAGCAGCAACAACAGCAACCACCCCACCCUCUGUUACCUCUCCCUGCGGCGCUCAUGGGCCCCAUGGCGAAUGCGACGUCCCAACCGCCCGUCUCCAUGAUGGGACCCAACAUGACGACCAGCUUAGCGAACAACCAGGCGACGAGCUUGCCGUCAAGCAUGGCAUCGAGUAUGGGCUCGAGCAUGGCGUCAAGCAUGGCGUCAAGCAUGGCGUCAAGCAUGGCGUCCGGCAUGGGCCCCAUGGUCUCUCAGCCAGGACCCACCCCCACGUCCAGCGGGCACGGGGCCCACCACACGGGGCCCUCCCACAGCCACAGCCACACGGGGCCCUCCCACACUGGCACCUCGGGGGCUCUUCACCAAGCUGGUCUUCAACCCCAACCGUCGAUGGGCCCUGGGAUGGGUCCAGGUGGCCCCGUGGUGUCUCACCACCCUCACUCCUCGCACAUGUCCAUGAGCCAGGGCGGACCGGGCGCUCAGCCCCACAGUCACAGCAAUGGCUACUCCCCCAUGGCCAUGACCUCGGCGCAGGGGGCGGGGGCAGGGGCAGGGGGCGGCGCCAAGGCGGAGCCGGCCUCACCCUUGACGAGCAACGGCAACAGCAGUACUGGCGGCCAUAUGGGUUCUCAUGGGGGUCACCACAUGCAGCCCUCAGUCUUCGACCCACCCAGCCCGGACAUGAAGCGAGAGGACAUGCUCCAUGGGGCGCCGCCUACCAUGAAGAAUUCUAAUGACAAUUCCAUGAAUCACAACUCACUGCCAUACAUGGAAAGAACCACUACACCACCUGACAUGUCUAACCAAAAGCCCCCAACUGCUAACUUUGCCUCAGCAUUCAAAACCAAGGAUAUUAAGAAUGCCAGUUCUUGGUCUUCCUUAGCCCAAUCAUCAUCACCUCAAUUUUCUCAAAAUUCUAAUCGGUCUGCAGUUGACAGUUUCCAGGCCUUCAAAAAGCAAGCCAAGAAACAGGCAGAUAUGCAACGUCAUAUAUUGGAGCAACAAGAAAUGCGAAGACAACAAAAGGAGCUAGCUGAUAAGGAGCGCAUCCGCCAGGAAAAUGAAAGGAGACGAGGGAAAGAAGAAGAAGAAGCUCUUGAAAAGGCCCGGAAGGGUGCUGCUGAGCAUAUGCUCAGCCAAACACCACUUGCUAGUAAUGCGCCUCCUCUGGGACUCCCAAUGCCCUCCCAUACUCCUCCAACACGUGUUGAGGAAGUGAAAAUGAGUAAUGAUUCAAUGAGUCUUUCCCCUGGCCCCCCUUCAUUCCCUGAUAAUGCUGCAGCAGAAAGAGAGAGGCAACGCAAGAGGGAGCAGGAAAGGAGAAGGAGAGAAGCGAUGGCGGGGCAGAUAGAUAUGAACAAGCAAAGUGAAUUGAUGGCCGCAUUUGAAGAAUCCCUUUAGAAAAGACUGUUAGUAGGAAAUGUGAAUGAUGAAAUGAGAAGAAACUGUUGGCUUGUUAAGUGAUGUGAUUUCAUGAAUGUGAUGUGAUGUUGUGAUGAUUUGUAACUCUUGAUCACAAACACAGUUGUUAUCUACUGUUUAGGAAUAAUCAACUAUUCCACCCAUAGAUAUACCACAUAUCUAUGCAUCUGUGAGGAAGUGUUGUUUACAGUGGUAUCAAGAGUUUUCUUCUAGAUAUUAGACUGUGUGCACUAGUACAAUGAAAAUGUUGUUAUAAUAAGAUUUAUUCGCAAAAGUAAACUCAAUGCAAAAGUUUAUACGAACUGACAUGACUAAGUUUUCCUUUAGGGAAUUGUUUGUAUCAUUGUGUUCUAUAUUUUGUAAAUAGUCAUCAUUUGAUUUAUAAGUUGUAGUUGUUAAUCAAUCCUUCCUGUCACUCUCCAUCAAUUUGUGUAAACAGCCUAAUCCUCAUUGUUAAUAAAACAUGGUAAUAAAUCUUUUUUUUUUUUUUUUUUGUUGUCUAAGGCUCUAAAUUGAGGUUUAUCCCUUUUUAUAUAAUAAAAUGUGAAAAUGUUUUAAAAAUAUUUUUUAUCAAUUGUGUUAGGAUAUAAUACCUAGUUCACACUUCAUUGGUUCAGCAAUAUUUCAUAGCAUGUGACAUGAAUAUUAGCGCAGACAUCCGUGUUGUGCUAAUUAGAUACCUGUUAGCAAGAACAGAAUGGUUUCCUGUUUAUGUUAAUAUGCUAAUUAGCUGAAUUAUGGAUCUCUGCCACCAUAUUGCAGCCUUGUUCUCUCUGACGCACGGAAAUUGUUUGAAAGUGUCUAGAAAGAAAGUAUGUACACAUGUUUAACAUUUUUUAAUUUCCAUCUCUAGUUACAUUCAUUUGCAUAUACUUGUAUACUUAUGUUUGAACUAGAUAUGUUCUGUAUGUUAGGGAAUGUGUCGGAAAUAUGUUUUCUGGUGAGAAUCUUGUUGUUGCGUUACUUCAGAGUUUGAAGACAUUAGAAUAAAUAUAUUCCAUUGAAAAAAUAAUAAUACAUCUUUUCUUAAAAAAAUAAAUACAUAAUGAAAAAUGUUAAAAACUAUUAUUAUAGUAAAAUAUUUGUUACUUGGUAUCUUUCUACCUGAGCUUGCUCCAGGACGUGUAAGCCAUGCGUAUUACUAAAUUUACUUGCACAUUUUCACUUUUGAAAGUAAAUUGAGUAAUUUGUGCAAUAUUCUUCUUGUAAUGUUUGACACUCUUGUGGUUAAAUAAUCCAUUCUGACGAGGCUCUGCGAAUUUUUGUGUAUUAACAUUGCAUUGCCCUUUCCUCUCCUGCUUCGGCACAGAACUGAUAUUUUGUAACGAGACGAGAGAGCUUCCUUGCUGCUUUAGAGAUGACAGGCUCGCCCCAUGGUGUACCUAUGGUUUUGAGUGACAUGCUUUAGUAUUGGUACCCACAUGUAUGAUGUGUUUCUUGAGUCAUUUGUGUUAAGCAAGCUUUGAUUUCUGCUUAAUGUCCUGUAAAUUAUGUCAAAUUAAGUACAAGCUAGAUGUGCUGGAUAUUGAAGUUGAAUCUUAGUGUUUAUACUGGGUUGACUCAAAGAUUGCACACUUUUAUGUUCUCAAUCAAAAUUAAUUUAGUAGUUAGAUGAGAUAUGUAGGCUGCCUCAAAUUGAGAUAUCAACCAAUUAUGAUGCAAGGCAGGUCUAGGAUCUCUUUAUUAAUAUUUGGAACGGCAUUGCUCUUUAUUUGGUUGAUGCCUUGUCAGUUGAUAGGAGUUUGUGGCUCUGAGUAAAAUCGUUUCUUUCCUGGUCACAACUACUGUGUAAUUCUUGUUUUAUUGUUCUGUAUAAAGAAAAACACAUUGUACAAUUUUUCUUUGUUUUAUAGAAAGAAAAUGUAAAUCUAGUUUUGUAUUGUAAUUGUUUUUUUUGUAUGAACAUUUUAUGUUGGCGCAUUAUGUGCUUAUUUGGCAAGCUUUUGGCGUGCCAGAGUAAAAAUCACUUUAAAAAAU